CUACGCGUUCACACCACAUCUUUGUGUUCACACACAUAUAUCUUACCUUAAAAAACAUCUUCAAAACUCAACGACAAAGAAAAAAAAAGACACAACCAAUUUUUUUUGAGUUCUUGUUUAUGUCUUUCUGAAUUUCUCCUGUUUCUUCAACAAAAUCAGCUUUCGCAACAAUUUCAAAGCUUUAGUAACAGUUUUAGUUUCAAAGAUUUUUUAGUAUUUAUGAAACUCCCAACUUUUGCAGACCCAGAAUCACUUUCAUACGUUUAUACCUUACUUCAAAAUUCAUUUGACCAGAUGAACGAUCCAAACAACACUGCUACUUCAACAAAUAUCAGAAAAAGACGUAGAAAAAAUGAAGAUGGUGGUGAUGAUGAUGAAGAUCACGAUGGUUCAAUCAAUGAAGGAGGUGGCAAAAACAAGAAGAACAAGAAGGAAGAAUUAAAGGGUAUUCUCACAUCAAUUCUCUUGCUUGAUGAACAAGAGAAACAAGAGAUUGAAGAUAGCAAGAAAGUCUCAGAGGACGAGAAAUUCUCUUUAGAGGCAAAUCAUAAGAAGAAAACAAAAGCCAUGGUUGAUUAUUACUCCAAUCUUGAAGAUGGUUAUAGUCAAGUUGAAGAAUCAGAGAAAGUUAGAAGGAGAAAAACAAGAAACAUGUCAAAUUCUGUAGCUAUUGCUGCUACAUGCAGUGAAAAUUUUGAAGCAAAUAGUGAAGGUGUUAAUGUUAAUGAUGUUAACAGUGGUAAAUCUAAUGGUGGUGGUUCACAGAGAAGGCUUUGGGUGAAGGAUCGUUCAGGAGCAUGGUGGGAUGAAUGUAACAAAGAAGAUUUUCCUGAAGAUGAGUUUAAGAAAGCAUUUAGAAUGGGAAAAUCAACUUUUGAUUUGAUUUGUGAAGAAUUGAAUUCAGCAAUUGUGAAAGAAGAUACAACUUUGAGAACUGCAAUUCCAGUGAGACAAAGAGUAGCUGUUUGUCUAUGGAGAUUAGCAACAGGUGAUCCUCUUAGAAUUGUUUCAAAAAGGUUUGGUUUAGGUAUAUCAACUUGUCAUAAACUUGUUCUUGAAGUUUGCACUGCUAUUAAAACUGUUCUUAUGCCUAAGUAUCUUCAAUGGCCUAAUGAAACUUCUUUGAGAAAAAUUAAAAAUGAGUUUGAGGGUAUGUCAGGUAUUCCAAAUGUUGUAGGGUCCAUGUAUACAUCACAUGUUCCAAUUAUAGCUCCUAAGAUUAGUGUUGCUGCUUAUUUUAACAAGAGACAUACUGAGAGGAAUCAAAAGACUUCAUAUUCAAUAACUGUUCAAGGAGUUGUUGAUACAAAUGGUGUUUUCACUGAUGUUUGCAUUGGUUGGCCUGGUUCAAUGCCUGAUGAUCAAGUGUUAGAAAAAUCAGCACUUUUUCAAAGGGCUAAUAAUGGAGGACUUCUUAAAGGUGUUUGGAUUGUUGGAAGUUCAGGGUAUCCUUUAAUGGAUUGGGUUUUAGUACCUUAUACUCAACAAAAUCUUACUUGGACACAACAUGGUUUCAAUGAGAAGAUUGGUGAGAUACAAAAAGUUGCUAAAGAUGCAUUUGCUAGAUUGAAAGGUAGGUGGUCUUGUUUGCAGAAAAGGACUGAAGUGAAGCUACAAGAUUUGCCUGUUGUACUUGGUGCUUGUUGUGUUUUGCAUAACAUUUGUGAGAUGAAAGGUGAGAAAAUGGAUCCUGAACUUAUGGUUGAUAUUGUUGAUGAUGAAAUGGUUCCUGAAGUUAGUUUGAGAUCAGUUAAUUCAUUGAAGGCUAGAGAUGCUAUUGCUCAUAAUCUUUUGCAUCAUGGUUUAGCAGGCACUUCUUUUCUUUAAACUCAUAAGAUUAAGAACUUUGUGUAAUUUGUUGUAUUUUGAUCAUUGUUUUAUGCAUCUCUGAGAACAUGAUUUUCUUUUUUGCUGUUUAUUUACAUAAUGUUGGAGUUAUAUUCAUAUUAUUUGUUGAAGUGGCUUUGUAUAAGAUAAGAUGUAUUAGCCUCUUUGACAAAUAUGUAUGAUAAAAUUUACAUAUGGUUAGAUUCAGAGUUACAUUUCCAUAGCCAAAUAAGAGAUCAAUUAAUAAAAUUGCAACAUUCUUUUGUUUCA